CAUGAGGUGUCCCAGCCCUAGAGCCAGAGUUACAGGUGGUUAUGAACUGUCAAGCGGUAACAUUCUUAACUGCUGAGCCAGCUGUCCAGCCCGUUUGUGGUUUUUGUUUGCCGUACUGGGGAUGACUUAGGGCCUCCUUCAUGUUAUGUAGGCCACCCAUGCUCCAUUCCCUUCCAAGGUGUUUAAGUUGUGAAGAACUGGUCUCUUUCCCACAAUGCCUAUAUCAUUUCAUAUCCCCACCUGCCAAUCACAAAUGAUCCCAUUUCUCUGCACCCCACUGACACUUGUAAUUGUCUAUGUUUUGUUUUCAACAAUAGCCAUUCAUUGAGAAGUUCAGGAGAUUUCAAAGCCUAAGGUAGACCACAAAGAGAACUUUCUCUUUAGGGCAAGAAGAGCUCAACGUUUGCAAGGGUUUUCGGGAUGCUCCGUCCGUCCUCAUCACAGGCGUCCCAGAAGUCUAAAGCUCUUCAGGUCAGCCCAGGAACCUGUCCCUGACCUCUGCUUCUGACCUCCUGGCUUCUCCCCUGCAGGUGCCUGGCUGCAGCAAGCCAUGCUCUGAGCCAUGCCCAGACCGGGACAGCCUCGCCCAUCGUCUGGGCCUCCUCGCUUGGGUCCCUGGGAGAGGCCAACAGAGUUAUGCCUGGAAACCAAUGAUGAGCGCUCCCAGCCCCCACCAGGCCGCCGCACCCGCAGGCCGGACCCCAAGGACCCUGGCCACCACGGGCCAGAGAGUAUCACCUUCAUUUCAGGCUCUGCAGAACCAGCCACUGAGCCCCCAACCUGCUGCCUCCUCUGGCGCCCCUGGGGGUGGGACUGGUGCAGGGCUGCCUUCUGCUUUCGCCGCUGCAGGGAUUGCCUGCAGCGCUGUGGGGCUUGUGUGCGGGGCUGCAGCCCCUGCUUAUCUGCUGUGGAUCCCACUGAGGGAUCUGCUGAAGUCACCUGGGUCAAGGAGAAUGGCGUGCCACCCAGCCCGGACUGUGCACCUCCCAGCCGCCGGGAUGGCCAGCGGCUCAAAUCCAGCAUGGGCAGCAGCUUCAGCUACCCUGACGUUAAGCUCAAGGGCAUUCCAGUCUACCCCUACCGCCAUGCCACCUCCCCAGUCCCUGAUGCGGACUCCUGCUGCAAGGAGCCCCUGCCUGAGCCCCUUCCCACACGGCACAGCCUGCCAAGCACCCUCCCCAGCAGCCCCCGCGGCUCCGAGGAGUAUUACUCCUUCCACGAGUCGGACCUGGACCUGCCCGAGAUGGGCAGUGGCUCCAUGUCGAGCCGGGAGAUCGACGUGCUUAUUUUCAAGAAGCUGACAGAGCUGUUCAGUGUACACCAGAUUGACGAGCUGGCCAAGUGCACGUCGGACACUGUGUUCCUGGAGAAGACCAGCAAGAUCUCAGACCUGAUUAGCAGCAUCACGCAGGAUUACCACCUGGACGAGCAAGACGCCGAGGGUCGCCUGGUGCGCGGCAUCAUCCGUAUCAGUACCCGCAAAAGCCGCUCCCGCCCACAGACCUCCGAGGGGCGCUCAGCCCGCUCUACUGCCCCUGCUGCUGCCCCCGACAGUGGCCAUGAGACCAUGGUGGGCUCUGGCCUCAGCCAGGAUGAACUGACAGUGCAGAUCUCCCAGGAGACGACAGCAGAUGCCAUCGCCAGGAAGCUGAGGCCAUAUGGAACCCCAGGGUACCCAGCCAGCCAAGACUCGUCCUUCCAGGGCACGGACACAGACUCUUCAGGGGCACCCCUGCUGCAGGUGUACUGCUAACCCCCUAUGGCCCGGCACUCACAGCCCCUCUUGGAAGAAGCAUAGCCAGCGGAGUGGAAGACCCAGGACCCCUUUGUGUGGAGGCCAGACCCUGAGCCUAGCAGUGACCUCUGGCUUCUGCUUCUGUUGAAUGAUUUAGACCAUGUACAUUUCACAGGGCCAUGGUGUCCCUGUCCUCUGCCUAUCCAGCUGGACUGACUGCUGCCUGGGCCUGUUUCUUCCUGUGGCCUGAAAGCACAGCCUUGGGAAGUAGUUUUCCAGUUCUAUUCCCAUGUCACCCCCAAGCAAUUAUGGAAACUAUAUAGAUAGCAUGGCCUCUAUAUGUGAUUCUCUGGGCAGCGCCCACUUGUUACAUUGCUGAGCAGUUUGGAUCGGAUCUUGGAUGUUCUGUAUUGUUAACAUGACCAUUGUUGCAAGUAUA